CGCCUCAGCCGCUCCAGCCCGGAGCCGCUCAGCUCCCGGAGGUAGCGGCCCACAUCGGGCCGCUCCCGCCACUGGGCCUCGGGGAAGCGGUCCCGGAACAGCGAGGCCAGGAGCCCUUCAUCCUCCACUUCCCCGAGAGCCGCCGCGGUGGCGGUCGCUGUGGCCGAGGCCGACGCGGUGGCGGUGGUUGACGAAGCGAGAGUCUCCGUCGCCGCCAUCUUCGGGCAACAGCGUCACUUCACCUCCCGCCCUGCGAGGGCGCCGGCUCGGAAUCUAGGACCGGAAGCAGCGGGGGCACCCUUCCGAUCUCUGUGGUUUCGUUCCGCCCGGCUUUCCUUCUCCGACGGUCCUCCAGGCGGCGGGGCGCUAGCGUGGAGAACAGAUUUGAAUGCGGCUAGAGAGGCAGGCUUUGGGGUUGCCAGGGAGCGGCCGGCGGCUGACUUCCGUUUCCGGCCGCUGAGGCACGCGGAUUCGGUGUUGCAACCCAGCGGGAAAAUGCGGCCUUUGACUGAAGAAGAGACCCGCGUAAUGUUUGAGAAGAUAGCGAAAUACAUCGGGGAGAACCUUCAGCUGCUGGUCGACAGGCCCGACGGCACCUACUGUUUCAGGCUGCACAACGACCGGGUGUACUACGUGAGUGAGAAGAUCCUGAAGUUGGCCGCCAACAUCUCUGGGGACAAGCUGGUGUCUCUGGGGACCUGCUUCGGAAAAUUCACUAAGACUCACAAGUUCCGGUUGCACAUCACAGCUCUGGAUUACCUGGCACCCUAUGCCAAGUAUAAAGUGUGGAUAAAGCCUGGAGCAGAGCAGUCCUUCCUGUAUGGGAACCAUGUGCUGAAAUCUGGACUGGGGCGAAUCACUGAAAGUACCUGUCAGUACCAGGGAGUGGUGGUGUACUCCAUGGCAGACGUCCCUCUGGGUUUUGGGGUGGCAGCAAAGUCUACACAAGACUGCAGGAAAGUAGACCCCAUGGCGAUUGUGGUAUUUCAUCAAGCAGACAUUGGGGAAUAUGUGCGGCAUGAAGAGACACUGACUUAACACGAAACCGUCGCGAGGACUUGUGGCUGUGUGCAGGGGCCUAGCUUUGUUUCCCGGGUCUGUGUAGGCUCCAUCACCAUGUUGAAUUCUGUCAACACUGACUUCUCCAGGGACUUCUUAGUUAAAUACUCUCUCUAUUGCGAUCAAAUUGCAGGCUGGAUUCUUAUGUGGAAAUGGUUCAAAAAUGGCAUUUCAGAUCUUUGUGUUUGUGACUAAACAGAAUGUUGUGUUUCAUAUUUGAAUCAGAGGGCCUCUUGUCUUGAGUAACAGGUUCUAAGUCGUUGGAACUGAGGACAAGAAUAGCUAGCUUAUUGUUAUCUGUGAUAACUGUUUUCAAACUCAUGCUGAGACCACAGAGGAUUUUUUCCAUUAUUUAUAUGAUGGGAGUUAGAUAUUGCCAUUUUAGAAUAGUAGGCCAUGUACGGAACUUUUAUGAAUGAGAUUUGGAUGAAAUAAGAGCGAUUUGUCCUGCCAGUUUUCUAUACAGUAGGUGUUGUGUGGUAUGGAAGAAAGCCUGGGAUCCAAAGCCCAUUUCUGACACCUGCCAGCUGUAUGGCCUUAGAAGAGUCAUUAAACUUUAAUAAGCUUAAUUUUCUUCUUCUGCUUCAAAAACCAGCUUUAACCAUCUACCUAAAAAGGGUUUUUAGAAUUAAAAAUCAAGUUUGUAAAGCACUUAGCACAGUGCCUGGCAAAUGAUAGGUGUUAAAUAAAUGGUAAGAAUUAUUUUUAUAUUGCAUAUAUUGGGUAUUUCUCUUACUAAGGAUAGGAUCUUAUGAAUAUAUCUUAUAUAUCUUGGUUCUCGAUCUUUCUUUUUCUUAGAUGGUAUGAUCCCAGGCUAAUAUUACUUUCAUCACGUUGCUUUCUUAAAGCAUGAUUUCCCAUAAAAGCCUUUACUUAAUCGGACUAGACAGACAGCGCUAAUCAGAGACCUUGAUAUAAUUGAGCUCUUACAUCAUUCCCCAUGCCUCUUAAAAUUAUUUUUGGAAUUAUUAAAAAAUUUUUUAAUGAAAAA